AGUCUAUACUUACCAACGAAAAUGUAAUUUAAUUCUCAGUCUUUUGUGUCGAAGGCUGUCAGUCGUAAUUAUUUUAAUAUGAACCAUGGUUCUAUAGCAAACUUUCAUGUCCAUGUUCACAGCAUACUAGCCCUCAGUAACCGAUCAGCUGUUUGCAAUGGUGCAAGUAUUUAAGUUCCUGCUAAAAUCCACAAAAACGCAUACUCGCGCACAUUUUCGCUCCAAUUUCCUGGAUACUUUGCGUCUGACGGUACGUGGAGGACAUGGUGGCAAUGGCCUACCCAAAUAUGGAGGAGUUGGCGGCCAGGGCGGCUGCGUCUACUUUGUGGCCAAAGAGGGGCUAACAUUGCGGAAAGUAGCACAAAAUCUAAAAGAUAAACGUGUUCAGGCGACCAGCGGCGAGGAUAGCAGCAAAGUGAGCAUAUAUGGUCGACGCGGCAUGGAUCAAAGAAUAGAAGUACCAUUGGGAGUGCAGCUUUACGAUGAGCAACAACAGAAACUGCUGGCAGAUCUCAACGAGCACGAUGCCAGCUGCAUUGUGGCGGGUGGUGGUACAGGCGGCUGUAUAGGCAACAAUUUCAUCGGUCGUCCUGGACAGAGUCGUACAAUUCAGCUUGACCUGAAAUUAAUAGCGGAUGUGGGUUUGGUUGGUUUUCCCAAUGCAGGAAAGAGCACGCUGCUAAAAGCUAUAUCCAAUGCGAAGCCCAAGAUAGCAGCGUAUCCUUUCACCACAAUUCGGCCUCAGAUCGGAACCGUGGAGUAUGCAGAUCUACGUUCCAUAAGUAUUGCCGAUCUUCCUGGUUUAAUUGAAGGAGCGCAUGCCAACUUUGGCAUGGGCCACAAAUUUUUGAAGCACAUUGAGCGCACUCGCCUGCUGCUCUUUAUGGUAGACAUUUUUGGCUUUCAACUGAGUCCACGCCACUCACAUCGGGACUGUCUGAGCAACAUUUAUGCCCUGAACAAGGAGUUGGAGCUAUAUGAUCCUGAGUUGCUGGAGAAGCCCUGUGUGUUGUUACUCAACAAAAUGGACAGAGAAGGCGCAAAGGAAUUGCUCUCAAAUCUAAAGCCAUUUCUUAAAGACUUAAACAGCAGUCUUUCCGCGUGUCCCGAUGAACUACGUCCAAAGAGAGUGAUCCAAUUUAAGCAUAUUUUACCAAUAUCUGCGAAAAACUCGGCGCGCAUUAGUGAAGUAAAACAAAAUCUGCGUGCAACACUCGAUGAUCUGGCGGAACAGCAACUGGUCACAGAUCCAAAGGUACUUAAAGACCAGUUGCAGCAACGGGUGGGCGUUAUAGGACCCAAAAUAACAUAAUAAAAUUAAGGUUAAAAAACAAA